AUGGUGGACAGAUCGCGACUUCGAGUCUGCGAAUCCAGGACUAGAGUGUUCAUCGUGUCGGAUAUUUCAAACGAGCCAGAUGACGCCGAGUCUCUGGUUCGUUAUUUGUUGUAUGCCAACGAAUUCGAUACGAGAGGGCUGGUGGCCUGUACCUCCAACUGGAUGAAACGUGUGGUACACCCAGAAGACAUGCAGAAGAUUGUGCGAGCGUACGCCAAAGUCGUGGACAGCCUCAACCAAAAUGUGCAUCCAGACAACCAAUAUCCAUCCGCUGAAAGUAUCAUGGACCUGAUCACGACGGGACCCGCGCUCUACGGCAAAGAGGCUUUAGAGAAAGGCAUCCCACUGAGCGAAGGAGCAAAUCUCCUGAUACAGAGACUCGACGAAUCAGAAGAACCAUUGUGGAUUCUAUGCUGGGGCGGAACGAAUGUACUAGCACAAGCCCUCCAACAUGUUCAGACCGAAAGAUCGGAGAGCGAAGGUGUCAAAUUCAGAUCGAAGAUGAGGGUCUAUGCAAUUUCCGACCAAGACGACACCGGGAUGUGGAUCAGAUACCGUUUCCCGGAUAUCUUCUACAUCGCCUCGGCGCACGGCUGGAACCAGUAUGGCCUGGCUGCUUGGGCCGGUAUCUCUGGCGACAGGUACUAUGGGUUCGACAAAGGGGGACCCGAUUUCACCAAAUGUAGCAAGGAGUGGAUCAAACAACACGUCCAAAUCGGGCCGCUGGGCGGGGCAUACCCAGACUACAUGUUCAUUCCAGAAGGCGACACCCCGACAUUUCUAUACUUGAUCCAGAACGGUCUGGGCUCGUCGGAGCAUCCCGGGUGGGGAAGCUGGGGCGGUCGCUACCUGCCAACGGACGUCGGGCAAGCGGGCAAACAUUACACGGAUGCGGUAGAUCGUGUGGUGGGCAAGAACGGCGAGGUGUUUACGAGUAACCAUGCCACGAUCUGGCGCUGGCGUGAUGCGUUCCAGAACGACUUUGCCGCCAGGAUACAGUGGACGCUCGGCAAGGACGCCAGAACAUGCAACCACGCUCCCGUCGCCAUCGUCAACGACAGCCAGGGCGGACCGGAGCCUCUGCUCAUCGAAGCAGAGGCGGGAUCCACGGUUCAGCUGGACGCCAGUGCAUCGUAUGACCCCGAUGGCGAUGAACUGUCGUUUUCGUGGCUGCAGUACAAAGACGUCACCGCGACACAAUGGUGGGUCGACGCAGAAGUCGAAAGCUGUCGCAUCGAGGACGUGGACGAGAAGGCGUCCGGAAAGGUGGUGUCAGUCCAUUUGCCGCCAGCCUCAAAGUGCGCGGUAGACAUGUUCACGGGCAAGGCGAAGGAACGGGGCCAGGUCCUACACUUCAUCUUGCAACUGAAGGAUCACGGAACCCCACCGCUCGUGACAUACAAGAGGGUGGUGAUUCAAACCACCAACAAGGAAUUAAAAGGUGGACGAGAAAAUGCCGUAGACUCAAUUGCCGAGGUGCAGCAUGCUUUUGACGGGUAA